UUUUGCAUGUUGUGUGGUAAUGUUUUAGCCGACCCGAUGCUGUUCUGUAAAGUCCUGUAUGAGAAACUUAAUACCAAUCUUUUUGCGUGUUGGAGUCCUCGCCUCCGCCCCUCUGUACUGUCAGUCACCUCAGCAGCACCCGGCCGGAAGCGCUGGGAAGCUGUGGGUCUAACAUUUAAGAUUCAACAUUGUAAACGAAUGCAAUACGGAUUUUUGUUUUAUUAUUAAUAUAAAUAUCAUCUACCCAAGUGAACCGUCAAGGAAAGUGCAAAAAAAGAAAAUUGAAACCGAACGUCUUGGAGAAGGAGUGCAGUGAGGGGUGUGCAGGGGCAUGGAAGCCCAUAGGUACUGACAAUCUGGCUGUCUUGUGCGUGUAGCUGAAGAAACCUCCGCUGUUUUAAAACACGCAUUUUCAGUUAUAAGAUUGUCAUUUAAUAUGUCAGUAGAAUAUCGAUAGCAUGGUUAGCAGACGUGAGUCCAGGUAGUUAAAAUUUGUGCAAUACUGUUAAGUUAGUUGUAAGCAGAGAAUAUAGCCAGCUGCCUUUGCUGCAAAAGAAAACUUGUCUGAUUGGGCUAGUGAUUUGUUCGUGCAAGCAAGCAGAGCAGUGUUUAAGAAAAAACAAAACUUUGAUACAGCGGGUUGUGACUGACACUUCAGAUUCAAUACACAUAGCAGUAUUGUUUGGAAGAUAACUGUUAAUAAUAUUGCACAAACGUGUAAGAAAAAUGGCUACGACCAGCAGCAUUUCCUCAUCGAUUGCGAGUAAAACGAAGACAAAGAAGAAGCAUUUUGUGGCACAGAAAGUGAAGCUGUUCCGAGCCAGCGACCCUCUGCUGAGUGUGCUAAUGUGGGGAGUUAACCAUUCGAUCAACGAAUUGAGUCAUGUUCAGAUCCCAGUUAUGUUGAUGCCAGACGACUUCAAAGCCUAUUCGAAGAUAAAGGUGGAUAAUCACCUUUUCAAUAAAGAAAACAUGCCAAGCCACUUUAAGAUGAAGGAAUAUUGUCCAAUGGUCUUCCGAAAUCUCAGAGAAAGAUUUGCAAUUGAUGAUCAGGACUUCCAGAACUCACUCACAAGAAGUUCCCUGUUUACAAAUGACUCACAAGGACGAAGUGGGGCACGCUUUCACACCUCGUGCGACAAGAGAUACGUGGUCAAGACUAUCACAAGUGAAGAUGUGGCGGAGAUGCACAAUAUACUGAAGAAAUACCAUCAGUUUGUUGUAGAAUGCCAUGGAAACACGCUUCUGCCACAGUUCCUGGGCAUGUACCGGUUUACAGUGGACGGAGUUGAGACCUACAUGAUUGUAACAAGAAACGUAUUCAGCCAUCGACUGUCUGUUUACCGGAAAUACGAUCUGAAGGGCUCCACAGUUGCUAGAGAAGCUAGUGACAAAGAAAAGCACCUUUUCCAGGAUGAAUGCACCAAGUUGCGCCAUAGCACUAUGAGCCAUAGGCUGCAAACAGUCAAGAUUGCCACGCGUUUUUACAGCUCCAUCAAAAAUGCCAAAGAACUGCCGACCUACAAGGACAACGACUUCAUCAAUGACGGUCAAAAGAUUUACAUUGAUGAAAACAACAAAAAGAUGUUGCUUGAAAAAUUAAAAAAAGACGUGGAGUUCCUGGCCCAGCUGAAGCUCAUGGACUACAGCCUCCUGGUUGGCAUUCACGACGUAGAGAGGGCGGAGCAGGAGGAGAUGGAGUGCGAGGAGAAUGAGGGCGAGGAGGACGUGGAGAGCGACGGCACCCACCCCAUGGGCACGCCCCCCGACAGUCCGGGAAACACACUGAACAGCAACAGAGCCCUGCCCCCCGGGGAGUUUGACCCAGCUAUUGACGUCUACGCCAUAAAGAGUCAUGACAACGCUCCAAGAAAGGAAGUGUACUUCAUGGCAAUAAUUGAUAUCCUUACACAUUAUGAUGCAAAAAAGAAGGCUGCCCACGCUGCCAAAACUGUCAAACAUGGGGCUGGUGCGGAGAUCUCCACUGUUAACCCAGAGCAGUACUCAAAGCGCUUGUAUGACUUUAUUACCAACAUUCUGACAUAGCCUGUCACCAUGACAAAGAACAGAUACAGGGAGUGGGGACAGGCGGGGCAGCACCAGCGUGGGAAUGAAUGCAGGGACUGGAUGGAGUGUUCGUCUUCCACUCCAAGCAGCAGCAGCAGCAGCAGCAGCAGUUCUGUACUUGUUUACAGUAUAGGGACCCACAUGGGGAAUUAGCUUUAAACUGCUUCCUGAUACACAUAGUGUACUCUUUGCUAUUGCUGAACUUUUUUUUUUUUUUGCAAAUAAAUAAAAUAAAACACUGAUCAGCUUUACUCAGAAAAAAAAAAUAAUCAAUCAAUAUCGGUACUUAUAGAGGUCGAGCAGAAGAUGCUUAAGGGCUGCAUGUUAAUCUUUGAAGAACCCUGGGUGUUGGAAACUGUGGAUCGGUUUAUUGCUUGACCUGAAGGGUGCAUCGCAGUGCUCGUGGAGCUCAUGCCACGGAUGCCGUUCUCUUCCUCUGCACGCUGGCGCUCCUCAUUACUUUCAUUGCAUACCAUAUUCCUCUUAUUCUUCAAGAGGCUACUGCCAUAACACUGCUCUCCAUUUCAAUCUUUGUCCUUGUUUGUUAUUUUAGUUUUUUGUUUUUUGCAAGAUGCAAUAUGUUAAAUGGCUUAUUUGACCCGUGUUUGCGGCUUGCUUCUCAAUUCGGUUGUUUUUUUUAACGGUUAUACUGUUAGAGAUGUGUUCAUAAAACUUACCAAGGACUUUUUUUGUGAUCUAAACCGGGGGUUCACAUAUCCGGUCCUGGGGGUUCAGAAUCUUCUGGGUUUUGGAGGUAUCAUUUAAAGAACUGUUUAACACCUGAAAUGACGUUAAAUUUAGGUUACAGGUGGAACAAAGACAAGAAGGGCUCUGGACCUUACAGACAGGAAUUGUGUCGCCCUGAUUGGAACAGCGGCUGAUCUGUGUCCUUCAUACCCGUGUAGAUGUGUGUGUUUUAGCAAUGUGCUCGAUAUUGAGCAGCUUUCUUUCACACACUGGGGUCUCUAAUGAUUUAACAGCAGCCACCCUAUAAUGUGUAAAGACCACCUUUAGGGGACCUAAUUUCACUCCAUUUGCUUUGUCUUUAAUCGUAAGGGGUCAAUCCUCCCCCCGUGGUGAAUCCAGUUAUUAAUAUAGUCAGGGUGGCCUGUUUAAAUGUCGCUGUAAAGACCAUUCAGAAGGACUCUGCUGUUAUGAAUAAGGUCCUUAUUCUUUAUACUGUAACGAUGUGAUGCAUAGUUUUGGGCAGCAGGUAAGUUUCUUUUGCAAAGCAGGAGUGUAGUUUACCCACAUAGAAAGGUAAAUCCCUACACAGGAUCUGUAUUUUAACAUGUUUUGCAUUCCAUUCAUUAGUUUAGAAAGAAAUGAAUAGUACCAAACAUUUAUUUGUAAUCACUUUAAAUUGAUUCCUACUAUUUAAAAACAAAAGUAACAUUUUUGCAUCAUUAUUAA